AUGUGGCGCUUCUUGGAACAGGACGACCAGAACAAGGAACCGCCACUGGACCUUGUGCCCCGCAAUCCAUUCGAUUGGGCGGUUCGUGAGUCCCUCGCUGCGCGGCAUCUUUCCUGUGACUGGCUCUUCCUGAUCGGAUAUCAAACUAUCGAGCAUAUCUUGUGCGAGUUCAGGAAGUACAGCGAUGCGCGCGGUCAGCUGCGCCUGAAACAAGGAGAUGCGACUUAUCGCUUGCUCGUGGAGAACUUUGUUCUCCACUUCGCGGAAGCGCUCGUGGUCCGCUUUCGGCGGCUGUGGGACCGCGCCGCACAGCCCUCCAGAAAGGGUGCCAAAAAGGUCCUGGCAGAUCCCAAGUUCUCCAAGCUGAAGCUUGGGCAGUUUACCUGGCUGAGCGACCGCAUCGCGGGCUGCUUUGGCGGCUUGUGCCCUUGCCUGCGCGAUGCCUACUCGCCGCCUCCUUUGCAUGUGAGUCCUGCGAGUAAGGCGCAAGAGACCAUCGAGGACCGGGGGCAAGUGGAAGCUCAGAUCCGUUCGCUGCGUCGCUCGAUCCUCCGGAGGCGUGGCACCCCGGAAGCCAAUCCACAGGCCCGGAAGAAGACCGACAAAGUGCUCUCGCACUACGAAGAGGUCUUGCAAAGCCUGGAGGUUCGCCUGAAAGAACUGGACCAUGAGCUGCAUGAACUGGGCAGUGGUCGUGUCAUCUUGUCCAAGAUCUGGUCGGCCACCGCUCGCUCCAUCUAG